CUGAGAGUUGGCAAGUUGGCAACUCUGGCUGCAGCGUGGGGGUGAGUGUGACAGCAGUGUGGAGUGAGCAAGAGUGCGGUCCAGAAAGUAGUGAUGAUCUUCAACGAGCCGCUCAAACACCGGCCUAAGUCACGGGUGGAGUUGCACGUUCACCUUGACGGCGCCAUAAGACAUGAAACCAUCUGGGAGGUUAUGCGGCAGAAGGGCCUUCCUCUGCCUGGGAAUGGCUCACUGGCAGACCUGAAGGAGGCGGUGAAGGUGCAGGAGCCCAAGGACCUCGCCCACUUUCUUCAGGCGUUCGGUAUCUUCCUGCCGGCCAUUGUGGAGGCACGUCCACUCUCCACGGAGAGCGUGUGUGUGUGUGUGUCUGUCAAUCACGUCAAUGGCUCUGUCAAUGGAGUGAAGGAGAUGGUGGUGGAUGACAUUCUGGAUGCGGUGCUGAAGGGAUUGUCUCAUGGGGAACAGCAAUUUGGCACAAAGGUCCGGGUGAUUCUGUGUUGCAUUCGAGGGCAUUCGGAAUGGUCGUGGGAGGUGCUGCGGCUGUGUGAGGAAUACAAGGAGCGUGGCGUUGUGGGCAUCGACCUGGCGGGAGACGAGGGAUCCAGUAGCGAAAAUGAGUCAUUCACCAAGAGGGAUCCAGACAUGGCAGUGUUUGAGGCAGCCAAGGAGAAAGGCAUCCACCGAACCAUCCAUGCAGGCGAGGCAGGGCCAGCGGAUUGUGUCAAAACGGCUGUGGAGAUGUUCGGGGCAGAGAGAAUAGGUCAUGGCUACCGAGUGUUGGAGGAUGAGGAGAUAUACAAGAUGUGUCUGCGGGAAAACAUUCACUUUGAAACAUGUCCGCACUCUUCCUACCUCACAGGCUCCAUGCAGUCCCUCUCCUCGCCCUCCAAGAGACACCCCAUACUCAGAUUCACUGAGGAUGAGGUGAGUUUUGGCAUCAACACAGACGAUCCAACAGUGACAGACACUCGACUCAGCGAUGAAUACAAGCUGCUGAUGCGCUGGGGAUUCACUGAGGCUCACCUUACCCGUGCUAAUUUCCAAGCUGCUCUGCACUCCUUCCUUCCCCCAGCAGAGAAGAAGGAACUUAUUGAUCAGUUACAGGAGGCAUAUGGAUUUGUACACUUCACCCUUCCUUCCACAUCCUCCUCCACCUCCCCAUCAGGCACCAGAACCUCCACACCUCCUCCCAAGCCCAGCGUCACUUUUGGCACCUGGGCUGACAGAUCUUAGGAUCCUCAUGUGCUACCUCCUGUGUUUGUGUGCAGGACUGGUGUAAGAAACUCUGUCUUCAUCUGUUUCUCUCAAUUUUGGUUUGAAUUUGUGAUGUUUCAAUGUAUCUUUUUUUGUUUUAGUGAUGUUUAAUUUUUUUUUUUUUUCUUAUCUCCUGUCUUCUGUUUCUCUUAAUUUGGUUUUAAUUUUUGAUGUUUAAACGUAUCUUUUUUGUAUUUAUUAUGUUUAGUUGCACUUUAUUUUAUAUGAGAAAGGACUGGCCAAGGGUAGCAAAGUACAUGUAUAUUUAAAGAGAAAAUGCUCAUGGAAAUGCCAGUUCCUGAAGAAAUUAUCAGAGUAUUAUGACCAUUAGUAUGUGAAUUUUAUUGUAAUAAUCCUAGUAAUGUCUUUUAUUGUAAGUUAUGUUUUUGUUCAUAAGCAUAAGGAAGUUAUAAAUAUCAAAUGUUGAAUGAAUUAUAUAUUUUAUGAAGGAAAACAAUCUAAAAAUAUGUAAUCUUAUGUAUUGUAAAUUUGCUGUCAUGUAAUGUUAUUGAUAUUUUGUUGCCUGUAGACUAUUUCAUUAAGUCUAUUGGCUCCUGUACUCUAAGAUGCUUUGUUCUCUUAUGAACACUAUUCCUAAAGGCCAUAAAGAUUAUUUGUUGAAUACUCCAGGCUGUUUCUUCUUAAUGGCAAUGAAGAGUUUGUGUCAGUUAGUACCAUAAAUAUGCCAGUAACUUUCAUUAAUGGCAAUUGAUAAUGAAGACUCCUUGUUCAGCUAUCACUAGAAUCAUGAAAACUCCCUUGAUAAUCCACUGCAAUUUACAUUAGUGUUAAGACAGUACAUAAUUCUUGUUAAACUAUUACUAGGGUCAUGAAAAUUAUAUUAAAAAUCCCAGGAACUUUUGUUAGAGUCUAAUGAAGAACCAUAGAAACCCCAAUGACAUUUAUAUCCUGUGUGUUUUUUUUUUUUUUUUUUUUUAUGUAGACAGAAUGAGGUGCUAAAAUAUUGAAGGAUGUGGUCUCAGUCAUGAAAGUUAAUGUUUCUGUUGACCAAUUUGCGUAUGAUUGUUGUUAUUGUCUUGUCAGAAGGUUUUGAUACCACAAGAUUACAGUUGUGAUUAAUAAAAGUUUAGAAAUUAUCA